AUGUGCGCCAAUGAGUCUGAACUUCGAUGGAAGCGACCCAAAGGGAUCAAACAAGCCAAGAGAAAGGUUGAGGAGAGUGGGUUUCGUCGUCAGAAACUCAAGCUUCUUGAGAAAGCGACCAGGGACGCCGACCGACAAAUUGCUGCGGCUAAUCGCUUGAACGAAAUCCAAGAGCGACUUGCGGCGACUGAGGAGCAAAAUUCCGACCUGAAGUUGAUGUUACAGGACCUCACUGAGUGCGGAGACGAGGAGCUGCAUGACUGCUCGUAG